CAGCAAGGUCGACUCUGGACUAUUAUGUCCGAGCACUCAAAACGACUCCGCCUUUCGUCUAGUCCGACUGAGGUUGGAUCCUUCAACUGCAAAAUGUCAUCUGACUCGUCACCACCGUUAACUCACUCCAUUACUCUGUCCUGUCAACCCGCCCAACCCGUCCAGAUAGUCGCUGCCCCCCAUAUCUCCGAUCCCGAUUUCAGGAGUGCUAUCGAUUCUUCCUUGUUUCAGCAGUGGCUGAAGAACACCCAGAGUGAAAAUGGGUUUUUACACGGCGGUUCCAUGUCUCUUACACGAGUUUUAAUUCAGGGAGUGGAUAUGUUCGGGAAGCACAUCGGUUUUCUGAAAUUUCAAGCAGAUGUAUUCGAUAAACAAACAGGGAUAAAGGUUCCAGGUAUUGUGUUUGCACGAGGACCAGCUGCAGCUGUGCUUAUCCUUUUGGAGUCAGAGGACAAGACGUAUGCUGUUCUUACUGAGCAGGCUAGAAUCCCUGUGGGAAGGUUUAUAUUGGAGUUGCCCGCUGGAAUGUUGGAUGUUGACAACGGUGAUUUUCUUGGAGCUGCAAUCCGUGAGGUUGAGGAGGAGACUGGUAUACACCUAAAACAAGAUCACAUGGUGAACCUCACAUCCUUCCUCGACCAAUCCACUGGGUGCAGAAUAUUUCCUUCGCCAGGAGGCUGUGAUGAAGAAAUUGGCCUCUUUUUAUACAGAGGGAAGGUGGGUAAAGAGAUUAUUGAGCAGCUGCAAGGUAAAGAAACAGGUCUUCGUGAACAUGGAGAGCUGAUUAAGGUUCAUGUGGUUCCUUAUGAAAGGCUCUGGUGCAUGACAGCUGAUGCAAAGGUUUUGGCAGCCAUUGCCCUCUAUGAAAUGUCCAAGAGAGAAGGGAUCUUGCCUCCACUGGAAACCUAGAUGCUGAUUAUUGUAGUCACCACUCCCUAUCUGUUGUUGGCUGGUUCUUAAUGUUCACCAACUAUAGACCCAGAUGGAUGAUCCUGAGUUGAUUUUAGUCUGCUGUGUAAAAUUUAUUUUACUUCUAUCACCUUAGUUAAAUAUCAGCCAAACUUAACAGAAUAUUUCUACUC